UGGAGGCCGUACGAGUACAGCUUGAAGCUCCCUCGCUCAGCCAUGGACGCAGCGUUUAUGCCCACCGAAAUCGCCGUCAAGCACUUUGUUUCUCAUACCUUUACUCUGCAUCUCGGUCCGUCUGUCACCAGUCUAGGAAAACCCAUCCGCAAUUUGAUUUUGGGGGUGGUGGCCAUCUAUUGCGUUACCGAUCUCGUCCGGACCGUUGCGCAAAGUGUCCUCUUGGGGGAACAGGGUGGUCACUCUCACCACCGGGGAAGUCAAACUACAGACGAUUGAAGGGCCAAGUACUGUACAGUGCUCCCUACCAAGCAGAAGUAGCCAGCAAGCACAGAACACAUAAUAUAUUGGUGUCGAUGUGCUAACACUGCAAUUCAUUGCCAUUCUCUCCCCACUACAUUACAUUCUUUUUCCUUUCCCACGGCCAUUGGCUUCUAUUCUUUUCAUUGGUUCGUGUAGCUAUUAGCAAGCUGCAAGCUGCUAGCGGCCACUUGCACCACCAAUUAAUUCCACCAUGGUCUUUUCCCCAUCCUCGCUGGCGCUGGCAUCAGCUUUAUUUCUUGCCUCGGCGCAAGCUACAUAUCUCAGCAACGAACUGAGUUUUGGUCAUAAUGGAAAGUCAGUCGAGUCCUCUACUCUCUACUCUACCCUUCCCACUAACAAAAUCCAGAAUAUCACCCAAUGCGCGAGUAAUACCACACUGGGCCAUCAUAGGGAAACCAGACCCUCCUUCCAUUCUCUCCAACAAAGUAGUCCUCACCCCACCAGUGCCAGGGAAUCAGAGAGGAGCAGUAUGGGCAGAUUCCGCAUUGGCACAUUCCCAAUGGACGGUCGAUGUCGAUUUCCGAGCAACGGGACCAGAACGUGGAGGAGGAAACAUGAAUAUAUGGUAUGCCCAUAAAGGGAAAGAUGUAGUUGCAACAUCAAGCAUAUACACGGUUGGGAAAUUUGACGGAUUGGCGCUUGUUGUGGACCAGUAUGCAGGAUCAGUAAGGGCUCUUUACUUUCACAAUUCAUGAAUUCACAAUUAACAAUACAACAGGGCGGGUUCAUAAGAGGUUUCCUCAACGAUGGUAGUACCGACUACAAAUCUCACCACAGUGUAGACAGUCUCGCCUUUGGUCACUGCACUUAUCCCUUCCGAAACCUAGGACGUCCAUCACGAAUUACCAUCCGUCAAACCGAUAAAUCUUUUAAAGUAAGCGUCGAUGGAAACCCAUGUUUCGAGUCCGCCAAAGUCAAGCUUCCCUUAGGAAACUACUUUGGUAUGACCGCCGCCUCAGCAGAGAACCCUGAUUCUUUCGAGGUCUUCAAAUUCGUUACCACAACCGACAAUCACGCCUCCGAUUCUGCAGGCGGCCAAAAACAAGCAGAGAAACCAGCAACCGGGAAACCAGCUCCAAAACAAGACAGAGGAAAACAAAGCUCCGCAAGUCCAUUAUACUUUGAAGAUACUCCCGCUUCUCAAUAUACCAGCUCCGAAGCGCAAUUCGCAGACCUACACAAUCGUCUUCAAGCAAUGAUGAAGCACAUCUCCACCAUCAACCGGGAUUUCAACGAAUACCAAACCGAGGCUACACGUCGCGCAGACGAAGCUGGCCGUCGUCACGAUGCCCUCCUCUCCAAGCUCCUCUCCCUCGAAUCGCUCCUCAAAUCUCAACCGGAUCCAUCUAAUUCGCUUAAAGACAUCAGUUCCGAUGUACGAUCCACCAAGGCAGAACUACAUAAUUUGCUACAGCAACAUGCGGCCGGGAUCAAGCUUGCCGUUCGGGACACGCACGAUAAUAUGAAAUUGAGCUUGGAAAAUAGCGGGCAUUCGCUGCUCAAGUUCUUUGGGGUGGUGAUGGGAGCGCAGGUUAUUGUGGGGGGUGCUUAUGUGAUGUAUAAGAGGAGGAAGGCAGGUGGGGUGAAGAAGUAUUUGUGAGGUAUGGAGGUGAUGGACGAACGGAUAGGAAUCAAGAAAGCGAAUGAAUGUGAAUGGGAAGGGGAGGGGAUGGAUAGGGGAUUGGAUGGGAAAAAGCGGGUAUGGAUGCUUGUAUUUAUAUGUUGUUGGUUUUGUUUUUUCACUAGAUCGUAGUGUUGUUUAGCGAGAAUGAGUCAAAGAUUUAUGUUCAA